AUGAAUUCCACCGAAAUUCUUGUCAUUUUCUUGUAUGAGUAUAAACUUGGUAAUAAUGCUGCAAAAGCUGCAUGCAACAUAAACCAGGCGUUUGGGGAGAAUACUAUUACCGAUCGAAAAGUGCAGCGUUGGUUUGAAAAAUUUCGGUCUGGUGAUUUUUCCCUACAAAACGAACCGCGAGGAAGACCCCAAACGACCGUGAAAAAUGAUGAUCUGAAGGCAUUAGUGGAAGCGAAUCAAACUGUAUCCACGAGGGAACUUGCUACCAAGAUGGAGGUUGACCAUACAACGAUAUUGCGACAUCUUUCUGAAAUUGGCAAGGCUUGA